CCAGCGCCUACCUGGAUCCUUUUAGCCAAACAAAUCUGUAUAUGUGCUUCUUCCUCGUAUUUCAAAAAUAAGAAAAAGACAGAUAGAAAGAAAAAAAUGGAAGAGACAAAAUCGAGAUUCAGGAGGAUCUGCGUCUUCUGCGGAAGCAGCUCUGGCAGCAAAACAUUCUCCAGAAAAUUUAAAUCUCUCUGUAACGUAAUCAUACCGAAAACAAUCGACGAUAAUUUGUUUUUCAUUAUCGGUUUAGGUCUCGAUAACUGUCCCAAGAACUUCCCCAAAAAACCGGUGCCAAGGCUUAAACGGAACCGGUUUACCACCCCUAUGAACAAUGUUUCGUUUGUUCUACCGUCGAAUUUCUCGCUCAUUCCAACGGAAUUCACGGCGUUUUCACGACAGAUUUUCAAGCUAAACUGCCGGUUAAAUUUGAUUAUACUGGAAAUAACACUAGCCAGGCUCUGUUUCAGCCAGUUAAGGGUACUAAACUGCAUAAACUCAAGUAUGAAUCGAGAGUUCAGGUUAUGUUACAGGGUACACACAUUGUUACGUCGGAGAAUCCGAUUCAUCUUCACGGUUACGAUUUCUACAUUGACGUCGAAGAUACGUCUAAAUUUUAACCUCGUUGAUCCUCCACUAAGAAACACCGUGUCGGUUCCUGUUAAUGGAUGGGCUGUUAUCAGAAUCGUGGCGGAUAAUCCAGGGGUUUGGUUGAUGCAUUGUCAGUUGUCACGUAGUGCAUAUCAAGUGGGGUCUGGCUAUGCUGAUGCGAUGUCAGAAUUUUAG